AUAAUGGACGUUUCACGAAAGCUCCGGGUGACCGGAUAACUAUCACUCGCUUCCUGUACGCAGCAGGGGCAGUUAAAGUGAGUGAAGGAAGAUCGUGAAGGAAGAAGAAUGAAGUAGAUGUGAAAGUCGCAAUGUCAGGAGUCAUAAAUUCAACUAUAGAUAAUGCGAUGUAAACAGCAGUGCACACUUCUCAUUCGCUUCUAUUGCCCCGUCAGAUAAAGAGAAGCGACGCGACAAAAUAUUCAGCAGCGCAAGAACCGAGAGUUCCAAGACAACGUUUCGAAAGCUAUUAUCCUCCAGCCGUAAGAGACCAGGGAGGACGGUAGUACCCCUUCGUGUGACGUAACCCUAUUCUGUUCCAUUUAAGUUAGCUCUUGGGUUCCACGGUUUCGGCGUUGCUCACCCUAACGACACGCCCAGAAGAUCGCCGUUCUGAGAUUCGCAACAUGAACACGGACCGUGAAUAGUUUCACUUCCAAUAAAUCGCUUAACACAUAUUUAUCAUCGAUUUUGUCGGCUAAGCGUGUGACAUAACGUUUGUUACCAGCAAAAUUUUUCGAUACACGUGUAACGGUGUAAAUUUGAUAUAAAAAUGGCAAAAAAAAUAUUUGAACCUCUGCUUCAAUUGUGGCCUCAGUGGUUCGCAACUCUAACAGUGGCCUUAUCGACCAUCAAUAUUGGUCUCGCAAAUGGUUGGACUUCCCCUUACUUGGCGCAACUGACCGAUGAAAAUGCGCUGUUUCGCGUAACGGACGAAGAAGCGUCUUGGAUAGCCUCUCUAUUACCACUUGGGCGCCUCUUAGGCGCCAUCAUUGGACCUCUCAUUUUAGAAUAUGUAGGCAGCAAGAUGUCUAUCCUAUCAACAGGAUUACCGAUGAUCGUCAGCUGGAUUUGCAUAAUAUUCGCUACUUCCCCCACAUGGUUGUACGUUUCAAGAAUACUUUCAGGUACAGCAAUGGGAAUGAUAGUCAGCAGUUAUCCGCUUUACAUCGGUGAAAUUUCGGCGCCAUCAAUCCGCGGCGCUUUGGCAUGUCUGAUUAUGAACGGAUUUCCCUUAGGCAUAUUCUUUGGUAUAAUUAUUGGCUGGAUGGGCAUAUUUGCUAUCGAUCGUUACGGUCGCAGACUCUUAUUAGCAAUCUCGUCUUUGGGCGUGAUGAUCGGCAUGGUGUUGUUAGGUUUACAUUUCUUUUUGUUAGACUACGGCUACGAUUCCAAUCAUCUCGAAUGGUUGAUUAUUCUAUCGUUAGUGUUGAUCAUGAUGAUGUACUUCGGACUUGUACCGGUGCCCAUUACAAUCUUAAGCGAAAUAUUUCCUUCUGAUCUAAAAAGCUUGGCUGGAUUCUUUGGAAGUAUUACGUCAGCGGCAUUCGCAUUCCUCGCCUCAAGGACAUAUCAGCCAUUGGUAGAUCUCAUCAGCGAAAAGUAUGUCUUCUGGAUAUAUGCAAUGAUCAUCAUGAUGAGCUUAAUAUAUGCACUCACUAUGCUGCCAGAGACAAAAGGAAAAACGCUGCAGGAAAUUCAAGAUAUGAUGACUGCGAAAAGUGCUACUAAAAGGUCACAACAAGAGACACACGAAUGAAAAUAUACUUAAACAUAGCAAAUUUUCUAACUCUUCCAA